UUGGAGGGAUUGGGAGGAAAAGGGGUCAGAGGAAUGGGAUGAUGGAGGUCCUGAUGUUGCUGUGGUUUCUCCUCUGUUCCCUGCCGACCCCCGGGGAGGCCUCACUCUGUCUCCAGUGCUGGGAGGGACUGGUAGAGUACGAUCUGGAGAUCCUGUUGAAGGGGGUUACGCCGGGACGCUCGGGGACUCCCGGCAACCUGGCCCAUCGCCUCCACACCUUCCUCAUGGACCAGAAGGCUCCACCCAAACCCCUCUUCCUCGAUCAGGAUCGGCUGGAGUGGGAAAUGGCUAAACUGUUCAGCCAGCUGGACACCGGAAUCCAGGGAAACCAGGGGGGUGAGGAGGCUCUGAGUUCGGUGGUGGCGACUCAGGGACAGAAAUUCGUUCAGCAUCUCUGGGAGGCGUCAGAAGAGCUGAAAGCAGAGGCCUGCAGCCCAUCCUGCCGGCCUACUUUCCUGGUAGACGUGACCAACUGUAACAACUGCCAGCGAAGCAACAUGACCUGUGGGAACCCCGCCCUCUGUCCAGAAUCUUCGCUGCCUCAGAUCAUCGGCGGAGUAGUGGCCGGACUUUGUGUUCUCGCGGCAGCGGCUGGACUCGGCUUUUAUUUCCUCCUAUGGAAGCGGAGGCAUAGGGACCUCAAGGAGACAAAAGAGGCGACAGAGGGGCCUGGGGAGGCUGGCCCGGGUGGGGCGGAUGGCAAGAUGAACGUGAAAUAAAGAGUAAAUCGGA